AUGUUAAACUCGUGUAGUUAUAUGUCAAUGUUACUGGUUAAUGUUGCCAGUCUAGGUAAGUAUCUAGCUGAAGUAUUCGAGCUUAUUCAAUCUACGUUUCCUCCAAUCAUUAUCCUAAAAGGAACUUACCACAAGGACAACAUCGCCAAGCGUUUUACAUCGCAUUUCUUUAGCCAUAAUGUCAUUACAUCAAAAGGAUCAAAUGAUUUCCGUGGCGUCUUAAUUGCAAUUCACAAAUCAAUUGAAUGUCGUCGUCACGAUGAAUUUAACGGUGUCAAUAACUUAAUAGUACUCGAAGUUGGUAUGGGUAAUAAGACAUUUCAACUAGUAUCAUGUUAUUCACCUCCAAAUGAAAAACUCUCGUUCGACACAUUCGACAGUAUUUUGGAUGCCAAUUCAAUUAAAUCGACUUAUCGACUGCUCGAAAACCUGGAAGCAACCGAUUAA